AGAGCUUGAAAGAAGAGAUUAGUUAAGGAAAAACAAUAAUAUCUAGUAAAUACAGAGAUGGCCUGUUGCAAGUACUCCUUGAUGGCUUUCUUCAUUGCAUUUGCAUUUUGCAGCAUCGAUGGCGGCCUGGCGGCUCGAAAUCUUCUGCAGAUACCAAAUUUGCCUCCUCUGCCAACUAUUCCAUCUCUGCCACAACCCACAAUACCAACAAUUCCAUCACUGCCACAACCCACAAUACCAACUCUUCCAACUACACAACCAUCUCUGCCUCCACUUCCUAGUAUCCCCAACAUGCCUACUCUUCCAAAGGUCACAUUUCCACCAUUGCCAAGCAUUCCUUCUAUUCCCAACAUUCCCACUACCAUUCCCUCCAUUCCAUUCUUCUCUCCACCACCUGCUACUACAAGCCCUUGAGAAGCUUCAGCUGUGCAUUUGAUGCACAUUUGUUAUUUUUGUUGUUUGGUGUGUAUACCAUAUAUGCGUCUUGUCGCUUAGUUUGUGUGUGUGAGCAUUGUUAUAGCUCCUUUUAUUCUUUAUGCACUUCAUAUAUGU